AAUUUCCAUCAUCGAAUGACAAUCGAAAGAGAAGGUGAAAAUUACAAUUUAGUACUCAUUAAAACACGCUGAAGAAAAGAAAUAUUGUGGUAAAUAUAAUUUUCGUGAGAGAACACGUACCCUUUUUAAUAAAGUGAAAAAUCAUAUUUAUAAAAAGAAUUUGUGACUCAUUGUGCUGAAAGGAAAACUAGCAGUAAAUCUUUCAAAGGAAGGAUAACGCAAUACACUUAACGACGGUGCUGAUUAUUUUACACUGGAAUAGAGUUAUUAAAAUUUAAUUGCGACAUCUGAAAUAAAGCAUUGAAAAAAUGUCUGUGAUUGGAAUCGAUUUUGGCAAUGAAUCUUGCUAUGUUGCUGCCGCCAAGGCAGGUGGUAUUGAGACCCUCGCUAAUGACUAUAGUUUGCGUGCAACGCCUUCUUUUGUUGCUUUCGAUGGCAGAAAGCGCAUUAUUGGUGUGGCGGCUAAAAACCAACAGGUCACAAAUAUGAAAAAUACAGUGAGUGGUUUCAAGCGUUUGUUGGGACGUAAAUUCAACGAUCCACACGUGCAACGAGAACUUAGCAGCAUUCCAACCAAAGUGGAGCAGCGUCCUGAUGGCGGCAUUGGUUACAAAGUUAACUACUUAGAUCAGGAACAGUACUUUUCCCCUGAACAACUGACAGCAAUGCUAUUCACUAAAUUAAAGGAAACAUCGACAACUGCUCUGCAAGCUCAGGUUAAUGACUGUGUAAUCACUUGCCCAGCAUACUUCACUAACUCGGAGCGCAAAGCUUUGUUAGACGCUGCUCAGAUUGCUGGCUUAAAUGUUUUGCGCCUUAUGAACGAAACGACAGCAACAGCGCUUUCAUACGGUUUUUAUAAGCAAGAUUUGCCUGAUGAAAGUAAACCACGAAAUGUAGUAUUCGUUGAUUGUGGCAACUCUUCGCUUCAAGUCAGUGUGUGCGCCUUUACUAAAGGUAAAUUGAAGAUGCUUGCAAGUGCAUGGGAUCAGAUUGGUGGACGCGACUUUGAUAGCGUGUUGGCAGAACAUUUUGCCAAAGAAUUCUACGACCGUUACAAGUUGAAUGCCAACACUAAUGCUCGUGCUUAUCUACGUUUGCUUACUGAAAUUGAGAAAUUGAAAAAGCAAAUGUCUGCCAACAGUACAAAAUUGCCUAUCAAUAUAGAAUGUUUUAUGGAUGAUGUUGAUGUUUCUUCAUCAAUGCAGCGUGCCCAGAUGGAAGAACUAUGUGGUCAUCUAUUCAAACGAGUAGAAAUGACGUUCGUUAAACUUUUACAGGAUUCCAAAUUAUCGCUGGAUGACAUACACUCUGUGGAAGUUGUCGGUGGUACUACACGUAUCCCCGCUAUAAAGCAACUUAUUGAACAGGUAUUCGGGAAACCUGCUAGUACCACUUUGAAUCAGGAUGAGUCGGUGUCACGCGGUGCAGCAUUGCAAUGUGCAAUCAUGUCACCAGCAGUUCGUGUACGCGAAUUUGGUGUAACUGAUAUCCAAAAUUAUGCUGUCAAAGUGAGCUGGGAUGGUGAGGGUUCUCAAACAGGCGGUGAAAUCGAAGUAUUCCCCGCCUUCCAUUCCGCUCCGUUCAGUCGCUUGCUUACACUGAAUCGAAAAGAACCCUUUUCAAUGACUGUGCAAUAUGCACAAACUAUACCCUUCCCAGAUCCAGUUAUCGGAAAGUGGUUUAUUAAAGAUGUUAAAGCAAAUGAACGUGGGGAGCAUCAGGAAGUCAAAGUGAAAGUCCGUAUCAAUCACCAUGGCCUGGUAUUGAUUUCUAGCGCCUCUCUCGUUGACAAGAAAGAAGAAGAAACUGCCAAUGCUGGUGCUGCCGGCGAGCAAAAUUCAGCACCUAGCAGUGAAGAAAAGGGUAACGCUGGUGAUCAACAACAGCAGCAAACUGGUAACGGUGGUGAACCGAUGGAAGUACAGCAAGAGGCAUGUAAUGAAAAUGAGGAAGAUAAUAAUACAUCAACAGCCUCAUCACCUGGAGGACAAGGGUGGGCUCAGCGGGUCAAAGGCUGGUUUAGUUCGGGCAACGACAAGAAAAAGAAGGCCACGAAAUUAAUUGAGCUUCCGAUGGAAGUGAAGACUCAUGGUUUCUCAUCACCAGAUUUGCAGAACUUGGUACAACAAGAGGCUAAAAUGAUUGCUAACGACGCUCGGGAGACCCAACGCGUUGAUGCUAGGAAUGCUCUUGAGGAAUUCGUGUAUGACAUGCGUAAUAAGCUUCAGGGAGGCCCACUUGAACGUUAUGUUUUGGAAGCAGAUCGUGAAGCCAUCUGCUCUCAACUUAAUGAUCUCGAAAAUUGGUUGUAUGAGGAGGGAGAAGAUUGUGAUCGUGAUACUUAUGUUAAUAAAUUGAAAGGACUUCAUACCCAAACAGAUCCUAUUAAAGAACGCGCCAAUGAUUACGAGAAUGCACCAGCAGCUUUCGACGAACUCAACCAUAGCAUUCAAGUAGCGCGUGGUGCAAUCAACGAGUUCAAAAAGGGUGCCGCUAAGUAUGAUCAUCUUACAGAGGCCGAAUUUUUGAAUAUCUCUGAGGCAGCUGACAAAGCGCAAAAGUGGCUAGAUAGUAAUAUGGCAAAGUUUACACAAACGCCACGCAUGCAUGACAGUCCCGUCAAAGUUGCCGAUAUACGCCAUGAAGUACAAACACUGAAUGCUUGCGUCAAUUCGGUUAUUAAUCGUCCAAAACCAAAACCAGCUGCGAAACCAGCGCCUGCGAAAGACGCCAAUACCGCGGGAGCGGGAGAGCAAAAUGGCGAAAAUGCAGAAAAAGAAAACGAUAAAGCAGCACAUAAUCCAAUGGAUGAUGCUACCAUGGAUGUGGAAUAAAUAAAACAAGAACUAGUUGCUUUUGUGGUGGGGGGGUGUUUAUAGAAAGCUAACGAAUGACUGGCUAUGAAGAAGUGGCCCUUAUAAACUUGCAUACAUACGUAUUAUCGCAUUGUAGAGCUCAUUCACUAUUAAUUAAAGUUAUGUAUGUAUUUACAUGUAAUUGAAUUAAUCGCUGCGGUAUUAAUUUCUAGAAUUUAGCAGAUUUUUCAAAUAAUAGAAUUUACAGUUUGGACUAAAUUGAAUUUGUAAAGGAAUAAUCUUAAUCUAAUAAACUAAAACGAAAUAAACAACACUCAACAACAA